CCCCCCUCUUUUUUUAAGGCGCUCAUACCACGCAGGGAGCAUGUCACAGUAGCGCAUAACUUUGUUUCCAAAAGUAGAUCUUUUUUUUUGUGCAAAUAUGCGUGCGGGAGGCGCACUGCGAUGGACGCUUUUCACGCUCUUAUGCAACUUUUUCACGCAUGCCUUUCCUCCACCACCUUCUUAUGAUCCUUUCCACAGCGGAGUGGUGCACAGCCAUCGAAACAGGAACUGGUGCGCCUACGUGGUGCACAAGAACGUCAGCUGCGCCGUGCAGGGCAGUGUGGAGAGCUUCCAGGAGCCUGUGGUGGCCCCUUGCCCACCCUUCAUGACAAACUGCCCCCAUCAAGUGACAUACAAAACCCGGUUCCGACCCACGUACAAGAUUGCCCAGAAGAAAGUGUCGGAGUUGGAGUGGCGGUGCUGUCCGGGCUACCAAGGACCUGGCUGUCGAGAUUUAAAAGCCACUCCAGAACGUCAGCGAGUGCAAGAAAUUCAGCCCUAUGGCCCAGCAAGUACUGGAUAUUCAAACAGACACAUACAGAGGCCAGAGCGCAGGGAGACGGGUCACCAUGAGACCAACGACAAGGUGCACCUUCUGGAAGGUGAAGUUCAGCGCCUCUCCCAGACAGUCCUGGACCUGCAGUCUGUUUUGAAAGGCUUCACGGUCAAUCUACGCACUGACCUGCAGGAGGACACCAAGAACAUGCUGAUCACGCUCUUCAACAACAUGCAGCCUCCCGACAGCGCGGUGGUCCCGGGACCUGAGGACAGCCCGGCCGUGCUGGAUGGCCACCAGGCGUCCAGAGGCGGGAUCGCCGGAGACAAGGUCUUAGAAAAAAUUGAAGGCCGCUUAGAUGAUAUCAACGUUGCGCUCAAAAGCAAAGAGGAGUUGCUGGAAGACCUGCGAGGGACGAUAACAAGUCACGAGGGGCAGAUUCGCGUCCUGAUGGAUGCCUCGCAAUCGCAGACUCCGGCCAUGAUGGAGCUUGAUCUUGUGCAGAGCUACAUCGAUGGCAAAGUGGAAAAGCUGAAGAACGAACUGGACCUGACCAUGAAGGAACACUUGGACAAGAUCCAAGCGGCAUGCAGUAGCAAAAUCCAGACCUUGCAGAAGACCUGCGAGGACAGUCGCGACCAAGGUUUGGAAAGCCUCGCCAAACUGGUGGACAACAAAGAGGCCGACCUCAGGAAGGAGAUCCGGGCUCUGCGGGUGGACAUGGCCGCUGCGGAUGGGCCAUCGCGAACCCAGCGGCAGACGGACCUGGCUAAGAAGCAGGAGGACCAUAGCGACCACAAAGACUUGUGGCUCGAAAUCGAACGUAUCACGGAGGCUUACCGCAUCUUAAACGUUCGCAUCGACAACGAGCUGAUACACCUGUCCGAGCCCCGGGAGGACAACGACGACUUCCUCCCGUUGAUUGAAGAAUUGGAGGCCCGCUUAAAUGUCAGCGAACAAAAUGCAGAAACUCACUGCUUCUACAUAGAAGAGAAGCUGACGCGGAUCAUCACAGAAGAAGUGGCGUCGCUAAGGCAAGUUCUGGACGAGCGUCUCAACGGCAUGGAGGACCAGUUCACCAGCAUGCUGGUGGAAAUGAGCAACAACUCCUUCUCGGGGGGGGUUGGAGACUCCAUGGAUACUGUACAGGCGCAAGUCGACAACAACAAAUUCCUCCUUCAGGGUCUGGACGACAAGAUCAACGCCGUUGGAGAAUUGUGCUCGGCAGGCUGCUCUAGCUCAGAAACCACCGUCGUUGAAGGAAGUCCCUCGCCCUCAUCUAAGGGACUGGAUAUCAUUUGGAAGGAUCUGGGUCGCUCCAGGAAAGACUUGGACGCUCUUCGUACCGAUGUCGGCGCAAAUACUGACAAGCUCCAGCAGUUGCUAGAAAGUGUGGAAAGAGAAUCGGCCGGGAACCAGAAACGUUCCAAGAAUAUGGACGGCUUCCAGAAGGAACUGAUUAACAUUCAAGAUAAUGUUGUGGGCCUGGCCGGUGCCGUCACUGGACUGAGUGAUUCCUUGAGCAGGUACAACCAGGACAUGGUUAAAAUCAACGCAACAUGCUGCCAGGCGGAGCUGAGUGACCCGGGGAGGUCGGUGCUCGCCGCUCAGCCUGACGCCAGCGGCCGCCACAUGGAGGAACUGAGGAACCAAGUGGACGCACUCGCCAAGCAGGUGUUGACCGAUCGGAGUCGGUGUGAACACGUCGAAGGACGGGUGGAUACUCUGGAGAAGGCGUGCCUCAGGAUAGACAGCGCUCACAUGGAAGAACUGAAAGCCGACCUGGCGAGAACGAACACAACCUGCGGACGUCACGGCGCCGACAUCGGCGAAGUGCACAACGCCUUGCGACGCUUCCAGGCCCAGCUGUCUGCCAUGGCCAGACAGGUCUCAAAAGAUGUCGCUGCCAAGGAUCCAGGAGUCCUCCUCAGACCCGAGCCGCCGGCAUCCCCGCCGGACCCUGGCAGAGGCCGGGUUCACCAAAUCCACAUCCCCCUCAUCAUCCCCCCACCCAGGCAGCCCAACACGCACGUCGUGAGGCCGCCCCCGCCGAGUCGGCCCGCCGCCCCGCAGUGGCCCGGGAGCCACGGCGUCCCCGUGGUGCCCCGCAGGCCCGUGGUGGAGACGGGCCAGGCCGGACCCCCGGGGUACAUGCGCAGGGUCACGGUGAGGAGGGGAUCCGAGGACUCGGCAAGGCCGCAUCUCACCGGAUUCGCUGGAGCGCCAGGCUAUCCUCCUUUGCAGCAGGUAUCGUUCAAGCCUGAGAGAAGCAGCCACACAGGUCCACUUGCAGCUCAAGUGCCCUGGAACCCGUUCGACCAAGCUUCACUCGAAUCACGUGGCGUUCCAGUCGAGCGCGCCGCCGUGGUCGAUCCUUUCUCCUUCUCGGCCGGGCUCACUCUCCAGCCUUUCUCUGGCGAGUUUGGCAUCAUCCGCUUCGACAAGGUUCUGCUCAACGACGGGGGCCACUACAGUCCCCGCACAGGACUGUUCACAGUCCCGCAAGAUGGCCGCUACCUGAUCUCAGGGCUUCUGACGGCGCAGCACGGCGAGUCGGUGGAGGCGGUCCUGUCCGUCUCCCAGCGCAGCAUCCAGAGGUUGCGCAGCUCGGGGGCAGCCGGUCGGGACGCGUGCGCUUGCGGCGGCUCCGUCUCCUUCAGCCUCGUGGUGCCCCUGAAGCGAGGCGAUCGCGUGGGGCUGCUGAGGACGUCGGGCCGGCUGGCCACCACCGAGGCCCGGGAGGUGCUCUCCACCUUUGGCGCCCUUUUCCUGUACGGCCCCCCGGCCCACCGCAGAUAGCUGAAGCUCAAAGACUGCAAUGUGAACUGUGUGCAUACAAAGGAACAAACAUCAUCUAAUAUAUUUGACAAUCUUUGUACCGCCCAUUGUGAAUGCGGAAAGGUCUUCAUAAUUUAACACUCCUAAUCUGUGACGUGACAGUAAUAAAUGGUCGAUUAUGAACUCACCGAGACGAUUCAUGCAGAAAAAAAGUUCUCUCAACUCCUGAAAAACUAGUCGUUGCAAAAUGUUCAAAAUAACAGCAAAGCACAGCGAGACGAGACGUAAGUUUAAUUCAUUCCGUCAACACUUUUUGUCAAGCUUAUUUACAUCUAGCCGUGCACUUUGAAAUACACAAACCAUACACACGCACACAAAAUAGAGCCCAAACAAACAUAUUCCGUUAGAAACUUUAUUGAAUACAAACAAGACCGUGACAGCCAGAAUCUGUUAGCGUCAGUAGGCCUAUUUUCUUCCUUCGUUUAAUUGUACUUCCUCUUUAUAGUUUGUUUUUCAACGAUACUCUAAACCACAUUUAAGUCUCCAAAUAAACACUGUGGUUGCUCCGUGUGGGCGGCGCACACACGGAAGCAAGCAACAUUCACUUCAAGGAAAUGACACAAAAGAGAGAAGGGAAAAAAAAUGAAAGGCAACAGAGUAAUCCGCCCAUCCUAAAAACAGAUUUCGUUUGUGGAAUAAUCCGAACAAAGACUUGUGUGAAACGGGUGGGACGGUGUGCACCGUCCACACAAGAAGCUUUACUUUCAUAGAAAGAAUGGAUUCAUUAUUAUCUUUUAAUUUACGACUAACCAGAGAACACACACGUGAAUCAACCGUUGAUGCAAAAAACGCCAACUGACACUGACCAUGCAGCCGUUAGCGUCUCAUUUGUGCUUUAAAAGUCCUGCUUUUUUUCCCCUCCAAUAUAUUGCCACCUUCGUUUUUCCUCUAACAGAUGAAUUCAAAGAAAUAUACACAAUACACUUGGUGUGCACAUCUGUCGCUGUUUUAGCAAAAAAAAAAAAAAAGUUUUGACAGCAUGUUGCGGUUUUUUAUAAGUGUCAUUUUCUGGUCUAUGGAGGUAGCAGAGCCAUAACCAGGGUACAAAAGCGUUUUUUAAUAUUUGACUAGGGCUCUGAUGUGGCCAUUUUGCAGGUGGGAUAAAAUGCAGGUAAGUUUUGUCGCUGAACAAAAUAUGACUUAAGAAGGCAAAUUACAAAUAAACACUUUUGAACAGGAGCUGACAAACACACUUGCGCAGGGGUGGGGAAUAACUUUUGUUAUACGAGCAAAUAGA